AUGCUUGAAGGCGAGCUCUAUGUUGACUUUGGUUACAAGCGUGUUCUGCUCACACCCUCUGAAGGCGAUCUAGAGAUCCCCGCUUGGGCCAGGAACCGAGUUAUACCAUUACCACCCUCCGAAGACCGAAAUGCACCAGGUUCUUACUCAAUGGUCCCGGAGCAGUCGGAUUACAUGCUGGAUGCGAUCUUCUACGAGAAUUACUACAGAUACAUGGAUCACGCGUUAGCUCCUGGUGGUGAAGGUAUCAGUGUUAUACAAGUACUUUGCAUGUUCGACCGUGGCGGCUCAUGCCUGGCGCUGCCAAAUUCCAUACCAUUCAGUCUAACUCUUUCCAAGGCGAUGACUGUAGUAUUUGGCCGCUGGUUAGGAGUUAUCCUAGGUUAUCAGCCAUACUACAAGGAGUGGACUACUGAUAGGGAGACUGCCAAGCAGCGUAUGAGCACAUCGAUCUUUACGAGUCGCUUCGUACGCGAUUGA